AGAGUGGGCGUUUAAUCCGUCUUCUACCCGCAGCUCAUGCAUGACUUCACGGCGAACCUUACACAAGUUUUGAAAUUCCGAGUCACAAGUCGAUAGACGAAGAUGACAGAAGGCUCCGCAAACAAGCCGUUUACCGGAGACGCCUGUCACCGGACCUCGAAUGGCAAAAAAACGAGCAAAAAUGGCUUCGUGAAGAACCACUGUCUGUUUGAACAGCCGCACAAGUAUCGACGCCCCAGGGAGAAGAACCGGAAUGUCCCCCACAACCCCAGCCUGUACAAGAAGCCCUACGUGGAGUCGUUUGAGGAGACGCCUCUCCUCGUAGCCGUGCUCACCUACAUGGGCUAUGGCAUCCUCACCAUCUUUGGCUACCUCCGAGACUUCCUCCGUCACUGGAACAUCGAGAAGUGCCAUGUGGCUCGGGAGAGAGUGGAGCAGAAGGAUUUUGUCCCACUAUAUCAGGACUUUGAGAACUUUUACACACGGAAUUUAUACAUGAGGAUCAGAGACAACUGGAACCGACCCAUCUGUAGCGUGCCUGGUGCUAAAAUGGACCUCGUGGAGAGAGUUUCCCAUGACUACAAUUGGACGUUUGAACACACGGGCAAGGUGGUGAAAGAUGUCAUCAAUAUGGGCUCAUACAAUUACCUCGGCUUUGCUGAGAACACUGGGGCUUGUGCUGACGCUGCUAUUGAAACCACACAGAAGUACGGAGUUGGAGUGGGCAGUACUCGCUGUGAGAUCGGGAACCUGGACAUCCACGAGGAGCUGGAACAGUUGGUUGCAAGGUUCUUGGGUGUUGAGUCAUCCAUGGCUUUUGGCAUGGGCUUUGCAACCAACUCCAUGAACAUUCCUGCUCUCACUGGGAAGGGUUGUCUUAUCCUGAGUGACGAGCUGAACCAUGCGUCGCUGGUGCUGGGAGCCCGUUUGUCUGGCUCCACAAUUCGGGUCUUCAAACACAAUAACAUGCAAAGCCUAGAGAAGCUGCUGAGAGAUGCUAUUGUACAUGGGCAGCCAAGAACACACCGACCUUGGAAGAAAAUCCUUAUUGUGGUGGAGGGCAUAUACAGUAUGGAGGGAUCCAUAGUGCGACUACCAGAAGUCAUUGCUCUGAAGAAACGCUACAAGGCCUAUCUGUACCUGGAUGAGGCCCACAGUAUCGGGGCCCUGGGGCCUAACGGUAAGGGUGUGGUGGACUACUUUGGCCUGGACCCCAAAGACGUGGACAUCAUGAUGGGAACAUUCACUAAGAGCUUUGGUGCUGCUGGAGGAUACAUCGGAGGCAGAAAGGACCUGAUCGACUACCUGCGGAGCCACUCUCACAGCGCCCUGUAUGCUACCUCCAUGUCCCCUCCUGUGGUACAGCAGAUAAUCACUUCCAUGAAGAUCAUCAUGGGAGAGGAUGGGACCACACUAGGUGCUGAUCGCCUCAGACAGCUGUCACAGAACACCACCUACUUCCGAAGGAAACUCUGCGACAUGGGUUUCAUCACCUACGGCAAUGACGACUCGCCCGUUGUACCAUUGAUGUUGUACAUGCCUGCGAAAAUUGGGGCAUUUGGUCGCGAGAUGCUGAAGAGGAACAUCGGCACAGUGGUCGUCGGCUUCCCAGCGACACCCAUUAUCGAGUCGAGGGCGCGUUUCUGCAUUUCAGCUGCCCACACCAGAGAGAUGCUUGACACUGCAUUGGAGGCCAUCAGUGAAGUGGGCGACCUGCUGCAGCUGAAGUACUCCAGACGCGAACAGCCGCUUCCCUCUAUGGGGUGGAUGUCUGAGGAGAGCCUGCUGCAGGACUGAGCCACAUCACCCCUUGAGCUCCCUCCAUCCUUCCAGCUCACUCUACCUCCCUUAAUUUACCUCUUUAUAUCUGAUAUU